AUGCUCUUUGAUACUGCUGGCCAAGAGCGGUUCCGGACACUCUCCACAAGUUUCUACCGUGGCGCCCUCGGCGUCAUCAUUGUCUAUGAUAUAUCCAGCCGUGCAAGUUUUCUCUCCUUGAACAAGUGGUUUGAGGAGGCCCGACACAACUCUGUCGAGGGCGCCAAACUAUACCUGGUUGGGUCUAAGCUUGACAAGGCCGAGCAGCCGCUGUCGUCGUCAACCGAGGGCGCGAAUAUUCUUCAGACCAGUGCACGCGAGGUCACCACUGAAGAGGGCCAGGCGCUGGCGGAACGUUGGGGUUGCUGUGGGUUCUGCGAGGUCAGUGCCAAGACGGGGGACAACUCGCGAAAGCCAUUCAUCGAAGUAGUAGACCAGAUUGUGCAAGACGCUGAACUGAUGUCAAAAAAUCUGUUGGUGAGGGAUCCAGGGACCUUGAGGAUAAGGGAGGGUAAGGGGAUACUCCCGAGUUGCCUGUGUUAA